AUGCGAUUCUACCUUUCGUUCCUAAACAAAAAGCAGGAAGCACGACGAGUGGCUUUGGGACUUCCCGCCGAUAUUCAAGACAUGUCCAUCAUGAACCAGGCCGAUGCAGCAGCUUACAAGGAGCAACUCGCCUCCCAAAUGGCCGCCGCUGGUUUGGACGCUGCGAAGCUUUAUGAAAACGCCUUCGAUGAUAUGACUGACUUUGAAAACCCCUACUUCAUGUAUGUGAUAUAA